CUAUGGAGAGAUGAGGAACGUGUCUAAAGUGUGUAUGAGGCUUUCUCCUAACAACUUGGAUUAGUGUGUGGAUGUCAGGUGAAGGCUAAGGAGUGAUGGGAAUUUAGAUUAUGUUUAGGAUUUGGCAUAUAAGCAAGAACCGUAUAGGCAAGAACAUACAGUGCAUUCGGAAAGUAUUCAGACCCCUUGACUUUUUCCACAUUUUGUUACGUUACAGCCUUAUUUUUAAAUGGAUUAAAUAAAUAACAAUCCUCAUCAAUCUACACACAAUACCCAAUAAUGACAAAGCGAAAACAGGUUUUUAGAGGUUUAUUUACAUAAGUAUUCAGAAGCUUUGCUAUGAGACUCGAAAUUGAGCUUGGGUGCAUCGUGUUUCCAUUGAUCAUCCUUGAGAUGUUUCUACAACUUGAUUGGAGUCCACCUGUGGUAAAUUCAAUUGAUUGGACAUGAUUUGGAAAGGCACACACCUGUCUAUAUACGGUCCCACAGUUGACAAUGCAUUACAGAGCAAACACCAAGCCAUGAGGUUGAAGGAAUUGUCCGUAGAGCUCAGAGACAGGAUUGUGUCGAGGCACAGAUCUGGGGAGAACACAGUGGCCUCCAUCAUUCUUAAAUGGAAGAACACCAAGACUCUUCCUAGAGCUGGCCACCCGGCAAAACUGAGCAAUUGGGGGAGAAAGACCUUGGUCAGGGAGGUGACCAAGAACCCGAUGGUCACAUUGACAGAGCUCCAGAGUUCAUCUGUGAAGAUGGGAGAGCCUUCCAGAAGGACAACCAUCUCUGCAGCACUCCACCAAUCAGGCCUUUAUGGCAGUGGCCAGACUGAAACCACUCCUCAGUAAAAGGCACAUGACAGGCUGCUUGGAGUUUGCCAAAACGCACCUAAAGGACUCUGACCAUGAGAGAUUUUAUGGUCAGAUGAAACCAAGAUUGAACUCUUUGGCCUGAAUGCCAAGCGUCACGUCUGGAGGAAGCCUGGCACCAUCCCUACGGUGAAGCAUGGUGGUGGCAGCAUCAUGUUGUGGGGAUGUUUUUCAGCGGCAGGGACUGGGAGACUAGUCAGGAUCGAGGGAAAGAUGAACAAAGCAAAGUACAGAGAUCCUUCAUGAAAACCUGCUCCAGAGCGCUCAGGACCUCAGACUGGGGCAAAGGUUCACCUUCUAACAGGAAAACGACCCUAAGCACACACUGAAGACAAUGCAGGAGUGGCUUUUGGACAAGUCUGAAUGUCCUUGAGUGGCCCAGCCAGAGCCCGGACUUGAACCCGAUUGAACAUAGGAGAAACUCCCCAAAUACAGGUGUGCCAAGCUUGUAGCGUCAUACCCAAGAAGACUCGAGGCUGUAAUCGCUGCCAAAGGUGCUUCAACAAAGUACUGAGUAAAUGGUCUGAAUACUUAUGUAAAUGUAAAUCUUUUUUUAUUUGUAAUACAUUUGCAUAAAUGUCUAAAAACCUGUUUUUGCUUUGUCAUUAUGGGGUAUGGUGUGUUAAUUGAUGAGGAACAUUUUUAUUUAAUCCAUUUUAGAAUAAGGCUGUAACGUAACAAAAUGUGGAAAAAUGGAAGGGGUCUGAAUACUUUCCGAAUGCACUGUAUAGGAGACUGGUCUUGACAGCUAAGUAAUACUAAAGAUACUCUGGCUUUGCAUGAGAACUGUCAUGACUCUCUCACUCCUUGGUGAGGAUCAAAGGUGCCAGAUCAGCUUGGAAAAUGUCUGACAGAUAAAUGUUGUAUAAAAUAUAUGAUUAAGUAUGAGAAUACUUUUGUGAAGAUAGGAAUGUGAUAAUAGUUUUUUAAACAAACUAUGCAUAGUGACUAGCCACGCCCUGAGUAACAUCAGAAAUCGUGUCAUCAUGAUGGAACGCCCCUUUUACCCAGAGGGCAUAAAAAGCAUUGAAAAACAAAUCAACCUUUAGAUCAGGAAGCCUGGAGCUGUGGCUACAUGGCUUAAAAAUGGUUAAACCAGGAAGCAUGGAGAUGUGGCUACAUGGCUUAAAAUGGUUAGACCAGAAAGACCAGGAAGCGUGGAGCUGUGGCUACAUGGCUUAAAAUAAUUAGACCAGGAAGCAUGGAGAUGUGGCUACAUGGCUUAAAAUGGUUAGACCAGAAAGCAUGGAGAUGUGGCUGCACGGCUUAAAAUGGUUAGACCAGAAAACGUGAGAGUGGCGACUGCACGUUUAGAAUGAUUAGAACUCUGAAUGAGAAAGACCAGCCGACGUGAAGCGCGAGCUCUCAUUACAAAUGGUUGAACAUCUACAGACCAGCCAACGUGCAGCGGGAGCUGAAAGUUACAAAUGGUUGACACUAAGACCAGGAAACAUGAGACAGUAGUCCAUACGUUAGAAAUGGUGAAACUCUGAAACUCUCAAUCUCUACACGUGAAGAAGACCACGCACUACAGCUUAUCAUAUCAGUCUGCAGCUGUACAUGUAAAGUUGUCUAGAACUUUCACUAAAGACACGAGUUGGGAAGGACAAUCCCAUCUCAGACAACCGUUGGUACAUCUGAAGUAUCUAUUCUAACGAACACUCCACUCGAAGAAAAGCUGAGUCUCACUGAAGUGGAGGACACUCAAACCCUUUUUGAGAAAGUGGUUCAACAGAGAGACGACGAUCAAGGACAGCUACGUGUAGAUAUGCAUUGCAUUUCUUAUCCGAAUGAGCGGUGGUUUCCAAAUGUAACAACGAUAAGUUGAAUCUCUGUCUCUCCCUUUCACUUUGACCCCUCCUCUCUUCCCUUUCUAUUGACCCCUCCUUCCCCUAACCAAGUAGUCAUGCUAUUGUUAGUCAAGACCACUAGGGACCUGUUUUCAUUGUAUUACGUUAGUAAUCAGUAACCUAUACUGUGUGUGUGUUUGUAUUCUCUCUUAUUAUUUAGUUAGUUAGUAAGUAAAUGAUUAAGCCAAUUUGUGUAUUGCUGAUUCAUCAAUAAGGUUAGGGUUCUUGCAGGUUCAAGGAUCAUGCGAAGUUCAGAAUGACACUGAUGAGGUAAUGAUUUAAUAAGUGAGUGUUAUCGAUAUAUAACAUAUAUUUUAAGAGUUUAAUUCGGGAGAUGGUAACUUGUUAAACAACUUCUUCCGUGGUGCCCCAAAUUCCUAAUGAGUUAAUUGUUACAGUGCCUUGCAAAAGUAUUCAUCCCCCUUGGUGUUUUUCCUAUUUUGUUACAUUACAACCUGUAAUUUAAAUUGAUUUUUAUUUGGAUUUCAUGUAAUGGACAUACACAAAAUAGUCCAAAUUGGUGAAGUGAAAUGAAAAAAUAAAUAACGGAAAAGUGGUGCGUGCAUAUGUAUUCACUCCCUUUGCAAGAUCUGGUGCAACCAAUUACCUUCAGAAGUCGCAUAAUUAGUUAAAUAUAGUCCACCUGUGUGCAAUCUAAGUGUCACAUGAUCUGUCACAUGAUGUCAGUAUAUAUAUACACCUGUUCUGAAAGGCCCUAGAGGCUGCAACACCACUAAGCAAGGGGAACCAACAAGCAAGUGGCACCAUGAAGACCAAGGAGCUUUUCAAACAGGUCAGGGACAAAGUUGUGGAGAAGUACAGAUCAGGGUUGGGUUAUAAAAAAAAUAUCAGAAACUUUGAACAUCCCAUGGAUCACCAUUAAAUCCAUUAUUUAAAAAAUAUGGCAUCACAAAAAACCUGCCAAGAGAGGGCCGCCCACCAAAACUCACGGACCAGGCAAGGAGGGCAUUAAUCAGAUAGGCAAAAAAGAGACAAAAGAUAACCCUGAAGGAGUUGCAAAGCUCCACAGCGGAGAUUGGAGUAUCUGUCCAUAGGACCACUUUAAGCCAUACAUUCCACAGAGCUGGCUUUACGGAAGAGUGGCCAGAGAAAAAAUAAACAAAUAAGCAAACAGGUUUGGUGUUUGCCAAAAGCCAUGUGGGAGACUCCCCAAACAUAUGGAAGAAGGUACUCUGGUCAGAUGAGACUAAAAUUGAGCUUUUUGGCAAUCAAGGGAAACUUUAUGUCUGGCGCAAACCCAACACCUCUCAUCACCCUGAGAACACCAACCCCACAGUGAAGCAUGGUGGUGGCAGCAUCAUGCUGUGAGGAUGUUUUUCAUCAGCAGGGACUGGGAAACGGGUCAGAAUUGAAGGAAUGAUGGAUGGCGCUAAAUACAGGGAAAUUCUUGAGGGAAACUUGUUUUAGUCUUCCAGAGAUUUGAGACUGGGACGGAGGUUCACCUUCCAGCAGGACAAUGACCCUAAGCAUACUGCUAAAGCAACACUUGAGUGGUUUAAGGGGAAACAUUUAAAUGUCUUGGAAUGGCCUAGUCAAAGCCCAGACCUCAAUCCAAUUGAGAAUCUGUGGUAUGACUUAAAGAUUGCUGUACACCAGCGGAACCCCCAUCCAACUUUAAGGAUCUAGAGCAGUUUUGCCUUGAUGAAUGGGCAAAAAAUCCCAGUGACUAGAUGUGCCAAGCUUAUAGAGACAUACCCCAAGAGACUUGCAGCUGUAAUUGCUGCAAAAGGUGGCUCUACAAAGUAGUGACUUUGGGGUGGUGAAUAGUUAUGCACGCUCAAGUUUUCUGUUUUUUUGUCUUAUUUCUUGUUUGUUUCACAAUAAAAAAUAUUUGGCAUCUUCAAAGUGGUAGGCAUGUUGUGUAAAUCAAAUGAUACAAACCCCCCAAAAAUCAAUUUUAAUUCCAGGUUGUAAGGCAACAAAAUAGGAAAAAUGCCAAGGGGGGUGAAUACUUUCGCAAGCCACAGUACAUUAUUAAUUUAAUUGAGUGACAAUUAAACAUAGUUAGUUGAUUCGAUAAAUAACAGUCAUCAUAUUAAUGUACAGUACCAGUCACAAGUUUGGACACACCUACUCAUUCAAGGGUUUUUCUUAAUUUUUUGCUAUUUUCUACAUUGUAGAAUAAUAGUGAAGACAUCAAAACUAUGAAAAAACACAUAUGGAUUCAUGUAGUAACCAAAAAAAGUGUAAAAAUAGAUAUUAUAUUUGAGAUUCUUCAAAUUGCCACCCUUUGCCUUGAUGACAGCUUUGCACACUUGGCAUUCUCUCAACCAGCUUCACCUGGAAUGCUUUUCCAACAAUCUUGAAGGAGUUCCCACAUAUGCUGAGCACUUGUUGGCUGCUUUCCUUCACUCUGCUGUCCAACUCAUCCCAAACAAUCUCAAUUGGGUUGAGGUUGGGGGAUUGUGGAGGCCAGGUCAUCUGAUGCAGCACUCCAUCACUCUCCUUCUUGGUCAAAUAGCCCUUACACAGCCUGGAGGUGUGUUGGGUCAUUGUCCUGUUGAAAAACAAAUGAUAGUCCCAAUAAGCCCAAACCAGAUGGGAUAGCGUAUCUCUGCAGAAUGCUGUGGUUGCCAUGCUGGUUAAGUGUGCCUUGAAUUCUAAAUAAAUCACAGACAGUGUCACCAGCAAAGCACCCCCACACCAUAAUGCUUUCGGUGUGAAAUACACAUGCGGAGAUCAUCCGUUCACCCACACCGCGUCUCACAAAGACAUGGCGGUUGGAUCCAAAAAUCUCCAAUUUGGACUCCAGACCAAAGGACCUAUUUCCACCGGUCUAAUGUCCAUGUGCUCGUGUUUCUUGGCGUAAGCAGUUAUCUUCUUCUUAUUGGUGUCCUUUAGUAGUGUUUUCUUUGCAGCAAUUCGACCGUGAAGGCCUGAUUCACACAGCCCCCUCCGAACAGUUGAUGUUGAGAUGUGUCUGUGAUUUGAACUCUUUGUAGCAUUUAUUUGGGCUGCAAUUUCUGAGGCUGGUAACUCUAAUAAAUGUAUCCUCUGCAGCGGAGGUAACUCUGGGUCUUCUAUUCCUGUGGCAGGUUUCAUGAGAGCCAGUGUCAUCAUAGCGCUUGAUGGUUUUUGCGACUGCACUUUCUUGAAAGAAACAAAGUUCUUGAAAUGUUCCAUAUUGACUGACCUUCAUGUCUUAAAGUAAUGAUGGACUUUUGUUUCUCUUUGCUUAUUUGAGCUGUUCUUUUACCAAAUAGGGCUAUCUUCUGUAUUUAUGGUUACUACAUGGUUCCAUAUGUGUUAUUUCAUAGUUUUGAUAUCUUCGCUAUUAUUCUACAAUGUAAAAAAUAGUAAAAAUAAAGAAAAACCCUUGAAUGAGUAGGUGUGUCCAAACUUUUGACUGGUAGUGCAAGUUAUGUCACGACAUAUUGAUGCCCCCGUGCGAGGAAUCUAAGAUGGAAUGAGACCUUACUGUUGAAUUCAGUCUAUAUGAAUUGUGCAGCACAUUAUGUUAUACACCCAGAUUAUGUUCUACACCAGUAGAGCCGUAGGCAUUAUUUGUUGUUGAGGUGUGUGUGUUUCCAUUUGAACAAGAUACUAGAGUUUGCCUCCGGUGUUGUUUAUCUGACAAAGUCAGCGUGUAGGGUGAAUUACUGAAUGCUACGAGCCAGGACAUAUGGGCCGGCCGAUUUAGGUAUUCUGAGAAAUAGACUCAUUGACCAAAACGUAGUACUAUUUCUGUCUCUCGCGUUUCUAGAGCGAGGACAUAUGGGCCGGCCGAUUAUAGAAAUUUGAGUACAUAAAUUACCUUGACCGAAGCGAGUAAUUAUCUCUCCAUCUCUCGCGUUUCAGUAGCGUGAGUAGAUCAAGGUGUAUUUCUUAAUGUUUCCGCGCGUUCCGGUAAACAUUGCGAAAAUUAACGCUGAUUUAAGGGUGAACGUGAGACAUCAUUGGUAAACCCCCGUUCCCUUGUUAUAGGGGACUCUGUUGUGCUGGGAAGAGAGAUUCCUGUACAAAUAGGGUUAGCUUUGCACUAGCUGCUAAGCUAACAAAGGGAGAGCAGAAAUGUUUUCCUUUGUUCACAGUGAAGCGGUUUUGGAGCAGUGGCCUCUUCCUUGCUGAGCGGCCUUUCAGGUUCUGUCGAUAUAGGACUCGUUUUACUGUGGAUAUAGAUACUUUUGUACCUGUUUCCUCUAGCAUCUUCACAAGGUCCUUUGCUGUUGUUCUGGGAUUGAUUUGCACUUUUCGCACCAAAGUACGUUCAUCUCUAGGAGACAUAACGCGUCUCCUUCCUGAGCGGUAUGACGGCUGCGUGGUUCCAUGGUGUUUAUAAUUGCGUACUAUUGUUUGUACAGAUGAACGUGGUACCUUCAGGCAUUUAAAAUUGCUCCCAAGGAUGAACCAGACUUCUGGAGGUCUACAAUUCUUUUUCUGAGGUCUUGGCUGAUUUCGUUUGAAUUUCCCAUGAUCUCAAGCAAAGAGGCACUGAGUUUGAAGGUAGGCCUUGAAAUACAUCCACUGGUACACCUCCAAUUGACUCAAAUGAUGUAAAUUAGCCUAUCAGAAGCUUCUAAAGCCAUGACAUAAUUUUCUGAAAUUUUUCAAGCUAUUUAAAGGUACAGUCAACUUAGUGUAUGUAAACUUCUGACUCACUGGAAAUGUGAUACAGUGAAUUAUAAGUGAAAUUAUCUGUCUGUAAACAAUUGUUGGAAAAAUUACUUGUGUCAUGCAUAUAUAUACAUGUAGGCCUAUGUAUUUUAAUAUACACCUCCAUGCUUCACGGUUGGGAAUGUGUUCUUGGGGUUGUACUCAUCCGUCUUCUUCCUCCAAACACGGCGAGUGGAGUUUAGACCAAAAAGCUCUAUUUUUGUCUCAUCAGACCACAUGACCUUCUCCCAUUCCUCCUCUGGAUCAUCCAGAUGGUCAUUGGCAAACUUCAGACGCGCCUGGACAUGCGCUGGCUUGAGCAGGGGGACCUUGCGUGCGCUGCAGGAUUUUAAUCCAUGACGGCGUAGUGUGUUACUAAUGGUUUUCUUUGAGACUGUGGUCCCAGCUCUCUUCAGGUCAUUGACCAGGUCUUGCCGUGUAGUUCUGGGCUGAUCCCUCACCUUCCUCAUGAUCAUUGAUGCCCCACAAGGUGAGAUCUUGCAUGGAGCCCCAGACCGAGGGUGAUUGACCGUCAUCUUGAAAUUCUUCCAUUUUCUAAUAAUUGCGCCAACAGUUGUUGCCUUCAAACCAAGCUGCUUGCCUAUUGUCCUGUAGCCCAUACCAGCCUUGUGCAGGUCUACAAUUUGAUCCCUGAUGUCCUUACACAGCUCUCUGGUCUUGGGCAUUGUGGAGAGGUUGGAGUCUGUUUGAUUGAGUGUGUGGACAGGUGUCUUUUAUACAGGUAACGAGUUCAAACAGGUGCAGUUAAUACAGGUAAUGAGUGGAGAACAGGAGGGCUUCUUAAAGAAAAACUAACAGGUCUGUGAGAGCCGGAAUUCGUACUGGUUGGUAGGUGAUCAAAUACUUAUGUCAUGCAAUAAAAUGCAAAUUAAUUACUUAAAGAUCAUACAAUGUGAUUUUCUGGAUUUUUGUUUUAGAUUCCGUCUCUCACAGUUGAAGUGUACCUAUGAUAAAAAUUACAGACCUCUACAUGCUUUUAAGUAGGAAAACCUGCAAAAUCGGCAGUGUAUCAAAUACUUGUUCUCCCCACUGUGUAUAUAUAUAUAUAUAUUCUGAGAGUUUAAUUCGGGAGAUGGUGACUCGUUGUCACGAUCGUCGGAUACAGAGGACCAAGGCGCAGCGUGGAAGGUGAACAUAUUUAUUAAAAUAAUGAUUACACGAACAAAAACAACAAAUCGAUACGUGACGUCCAAAGGUGCAAAACACAAACCUACACAGGAACAAGAUCCCACAAACACUGUGGGAAAACUGGCUGCUUAAGUAUUGUUCCCAAUCAGAGACAACAAGCAACAGCUGAUACACGUUGCCUCUGAUUGAGAACCACACUGGCCAACAUAGAAAUACUAAACUAGAACGAAAACAAAACGAAAAAUCACACCCUGGCUCAACAUACUAGAGUCCCCAGAGACAGGGCGUGACAGUACCCCCCCCCCAAAGGCGCGGACUCCGACCCCGCCAACCAAACACCACAGGGGAGGGACCGGGUGGGCACUCCGCCUUGGCGGCGGUUCCGGCUCCAGGCAUGAUCCCCACUCCCUCUCUAACCCCCCAAAGUACCCCUGGUCCGGUCUGGCCCUGCUGACCAGAGCUGGACUGCACACUGGUGGAGCGGAUUGCUCUAGCUCCGGCGUGAAGCAGCUGACCCGUGCCGAACCAGGCACCGGUGGAACAGGCACGGGCUGUGCCAGACUGACGACGCACACCACUGGCUUGGUGCGGGGAGCAGGAACGGGCCGAGCCGGGCUGACGAAACGCACCCCUGACUUGGUGCGGGGAGCAGGAGCGGGACGGACCGGGCUGACGAAGCGCACCAUGACUUGGUGCGUGGAGCAGGAACAGGCCGGACCGUACUGGGGACACACAUCACUGGCCCUACGCAGGGAUCAGGAACGGGCCGGACCGGACUGGUAACACACCCCAGUACCUCUCGCCGUGCCUCUACACUUUCCCUCUCCUCUGUGACCAGUGGCCCCCUUAACCUGGCGGCCUCCUCUGCAAACCCGCUGGACCGCUCUAUCGCGGCCUCCUGCUGCCCCGUCGUCCACGGCGUGAGCCCCCCCCUAAAAAUUUUCUGGCAGUCUCUCCUCCCCGUGGGCCAGGCCCAGUCGAGGUUGAUGUCCUUUAGCGAUACCUCUGACGCUGGCUCCUGGACACACUGCUUGGUCCAGUGUUGGUGGGAUCUUCUGUCACGAUCGUCGGAUACAGAGGACCAAGGCGCAGCGUGGAAGGUGAACAUAUUUAUUAAAAUAAUGAUUACACGAACAAAAACAACAAAUCGAUACGUGACGUCCAAAGGUGCAAACCACAAACCUACACAGGAACAAGAUCCCACAAACACUGUGGGAAAACUGGCUGCUUAAGUAUUGUUCCCAAUCAGAGACAUUUACAUUUACAUUUUAGUCAUUUAGCAGACGCUCUUAUCCAGAGCGACUUACAGGAGCAAUUAGGGUUAAGUGCCUUGCUCAAGGGCACAUUAACGUCAUUUAGCAGACGCUCUUAGCCAGAGCGACUCACAAAUUGGUGCGUUCACCCUAUACAAGCAACAGCUGAUACACGUUGCCUCUGAUUGAGAACCACACUGGCCAACAUAGAAAUACUAAACUAGAACGAAAACAAACGAAAACUCACACCCUGGCUCAACAUACUAGAGUCCCCAGAGCCAGGGCGUGACACUCGUUAAACAACUUCUUCCAUGGUUCCCCAAAUUCCUAUUGAGUUAAUUGUUUAAUUAUUAUUUUAAUCGAGUUACAAUUACACAUAGUUACUUGAUUCGAUAAAUAACAGUCAUCACAUUAAUGUAAGUCACGUCAUGACACACUUCUUGAACAUUAGCUGCAUACUGUUCAACAUUAUAUAAACUUGGAAAUUCCUUUUAAAUGAUGAAACAUUGAUAAUAAAACAUUAACAAGAAAUAAAAACACGAUUAACAUUCACAGUUGAUUAUUAUGUUUACAAAUCCAAGACUUAUGGCCUCUGUUCUAUAAUCACACUAUGCCCGCUCUUAUUUCCAUCUCUCAUCGGACAACAGAAUGACAUUUCAGCUGGAGCUUUUGACUUUCUCCAUUUCCUCCUUCUGGUUCCUAAGAGAGUGAUAGCACAAGACUUGAAAAGCAAAAAGAAACACAAAAUGUUAUUAUUACUAAUGUGUUAAGCUAUGCAUAAUUAUUUAUGCUAAGAAAAAUAAAAGUUUAAGAACAUGACGAUUCCCACUCUCUCUUCGCCUGACUCUAUGCCUUCGGGAUACUUUUUCUGAUGGGUUCCACAAAAAUGAAGGCCCUAAAAAACCUCCUCAUGCUUUCACCUAGUCUUCCCCCUGUCAGGCCACAGGUUCCAAGAGGUGUUCCCAAGCCAUGUCAUUUUCACUUCGCUCCCCAUCUCCUUCCUCAUCCAUGGCCACCCGAUAUAUACGUGCGGUGGCCCUAAUCAACUUUACCUCAUCUUGAGGUAACUCAGUACUGUAUAUACGUUUCACAUCACUGCCCUCAAAAUGUUGUCCAGUGUACAAUUACCCCAACAUCUAUCCUUUUUACAUGGUGCAUUAACCAAUAAAGCAACUGACACAAAAACUAUGGCUUUUAAAGUAGCUCCCAGACCCAACCCAACUGCAUGUCUACAGUGGAAUCUACUCUUCCUCUUCUCUUUAGCUCCACUUCCUUUAUCAUGGCGUCUUCCAGAAGUGUGAACCCACCGAGGAGAGGCUGUGGUCUUUACUACUGCAGGUGCUGUAAGGAGUACUGUGUGUGGACCAGACCAACGCUGUCCCAACACUCCAGCCUGGUGGAUCUUGAUGUGGAUCUCGGUUAUCUCCUGCUCCUCAUGUGCUGCUUUCCCCUAGGAAUGUACACACUGCAACGCAUGGGUCAUUUCCUGACGAUAGGACAACAUAGACUCCCAUUAUGGCCAGAUCACUAAUUUGUGUCAUGUGACUAACAACACCCGAUACUCCCAUCGGUCUCCCAUUUACCACUUCAUGUGGCAUGAGUCCUGUGGUGGCGUUGGAAGAGUAUCCAACCUAAUACAACCCUGAGUCACAUGUUUCUUAAUCACACUCUUUAUGAGAUGUGAUGCUAUUAUUACAGCGAACUUCCCUUCCCUUCCCUUCUGAGUGCAUUUACUAAUUUUGUUAAUGUCAGGGAGGAACACAUUUUUUUCAAUAGCUGUCACAAAUAUUUACAUUUGUUCCAGACAAGUUGCUGGGUCACAUGGCUCACGAGAGGACGACCAGGCGGGAGUACGAUAGUUUCCUACUAAUUUUGCCAACAUUGCUUUGGGCAAUAGGGAACGGACAACAUUAUCAUAAUCACCAGCGUGGAAUCCCAAAAUUCUGCCCUGUUUCCUCAGGAAACUGAUAAACUCUUGACCGUCUUUAACCGGGUCAGGCACUACUUUCAUUAUGCUACACAUUUCACCACGACAAAACUCUGGCAUCGUUUUUUUGUUAGAGGUCAGUGUUCUGUAUGGGUUUAACUCGCUGGUAUUGUGAGGAAAUGAUCAAUUAUAUGUAUAUGGGGCCUUUCUUGGCUGAGGAAAAGCUCAGGCAGGUUUUAAAUCAGCAAUCUUGGGAUUUACAAUUGUGACGCGUGAGUUGAAGGAGUCAGGCGCAGGAGGGUAAAUCACAGAGUAACAGGAUUUAUUCAGGAAAACAGAGUUACGCAGUAAUGCGUCAAAAACAGUCCAGUGUGCAAAACAGGCGCACUGGAACCAACAAGGCACACAGGGAAAAUAACCUGGCGAUACAAAAUACAAGGAGCUCCACCGAGCUUCACUAUCCUCACAAUAAACAAUCACACACAAAGACAAGGGGGCAGAGGGAACACUUAUACAGGUACUGAUGAGGGAAUAUGAACCAGGUGUGUGUAAUGAACAAGACAAAACCAAUGGAAUGAUGAAAUUAGGAGCGGCAGUGGCUAGAAGGUCGGUGACGACGAACGCCGAAGCCUGCCCGAACAAGGAGAGGAGGCAGCCUCGGAGGCAGUCAUGACAACAAUAGUUUGCCUAUGUUUCUCAAGGGCACAAAAAAUAGGAACCGUGAAAACUUCUGAUAAAAUGUUAAUUUUUAUUUCCCAAUUUACACGCGGAGCUCCUUUACUCCCCAUGCAAUAUUAAGUCAAGUAAUUAUAUUGAAAAUAUGAAGGCCAUUGCCCUAAUUUUCUCCCAUACACAUCUCCAUUUUCUUGUCAAUCUAUAAUAUAACAGAUGUGUGGCCAUAUUGGUCUAUUUACUAUGACUAAUGGUUACCAGACUGUCGUAUAGUGGUUAUUUGACACCAUCUCAAUCCAUAGUUGUCCCAUUCAGUGGCUUGUUCCAUUACGCCUCUUUGUUUACUUAUUUAUUCAUUUACACUUUGGUUUUUAUGUUAUAAAUUAAUUAACUUAAUUUGCAUUUUAAUAUCACAGCACAAAACAGCCGUGAUGUAACAUGGUAAUUAGAGAACCAAAACAGGAGAGCCAAAGCCAACACUGGGCUGCUCUAAAUGGAAAUGACAUUUUCAUGAUUCUUAAUUAAAAAUGAUCCCUGUGAAAAAGAAAUGUGAACUUCUGUCCUGUUCUGAAUAGGUGUUUAUUUAUUUUAUCCCUUAAAUGUAGAUCAUGUUUUGUUACAUUCUUACAAAUAAGAGCUUACUCUGAGCUCACAGUUUACGUGAGAUUGACAAAUGUGUUGUUGAUGGAGGUACCUUAGUUCUUGUGACAAUCCUAGGUUUAUUCACAGGUUGCGGCCUUGAACGUAGAACCUCUCUGAAACCACUCUUAUUCCUGUCAGUCAGUCUUUGGCCUCCGCAUGUCAGAUUAGCAAAGGCUUUCUCCGUUGGCAGUGACCUUAAGACUUGACCUACAUGUCUGUUAAAAUCAAACGGUUUCUGUUUUGAUAUGUUAGCGUUUGACAGAGCUUUUGGUAAACAUUAAAUGCUAAACAGUCUCUCUUUCUCUACCCUCUCUCUCUCUCUUUUCACUUUCUUUUAUCCCCAGUGGUUAUGAAUUUGACUAUGACUACUACAGGGAUGACUUCUACAGUCGGUAUGUAUGAAAUAAUUAACUUACUUUUAUGAAAUUUGAAAAACUGUAAAUGACAUAUGCCAAAUUUAAAACCGUUCAAAUUAAAAUAGAUUGAGAUUGAAACAUUCUCAGCAGAGAGUAUUCUGCUUUAAAUUGUUCCAUCUGUUUUGCUAAGCAACCUUCACUACAUUUGCCUUGAGAUGAAGAAGAAUAUUAUUAAGAGAACUCUAUUCCGUUGUUUCAUCCAUCCAUUUGAGCACAUCCUUAAACUUUAUGGACCAGUGUUUUCUUUCUCUAAUUUGUUUGGUGUUCAGUGCUUUUAUCUGGUGAGACAUUUACUGAAUGUUAACUUGCACUGAGAGCUGUGAUAAAAAUCUACUGGCACUGUGAAAUUAGUGAAGGAAGACACCUCACUUUGACAUUUACAUCUUAUUUUAUUUAUCCCUGCUUAUUUUGAAGAUGGAUUGGAAUAUUCUUGGUAGUAAAUUACUGUGUAAUAGUAAUUUGAUCGAUGUGGAAAAGAAAGAAAAGUCUGGCAUGUGAGAGAAUUGACAUUUAUUUGCAUGCAAAAGGGCACACUUGAAUCAGAAUGUUUUAAAUGGUAGGGCACAUAUUUGUUUGUCAUUGAUAAGAAAUAAUAUAUAGGUAAGAGCUCAUAGAAUGAGAUAUAAGGUAUAGAAAUAGAUUGUGAGAAAUAGGCCUACGCUAUGAGUAAUAGGUUGUGAAAAUGGAACCUAGGACAUUUGAUAAGCAAGCCCAAGCCAGAAAGAUUAUAAAUUAUACAGUUACCAUCAAUGUUAUAUGUAAUAUUGUUGGGUGAUAUACUAUACUUCAUAAGUCCUUGAUGACAGGAUACACAUACUGUAAGGUGUCAUUCCCCCCCCCCGCCCUCCCCUCCCCUCCCUCCCCCUCCCCUCCCCCUCUUCAGGCUGUUUGACUACCAUGGCCGGGUGGCACCUCCCCCCAGGGCGGUGGUCCCCUUGAAGCGCUCCCGGGCCCUUACUCCAUCCAUACGCAGUGGGAAGACAUCCUUCCCCAUCAAGACCACCUCCUAUUCCUCCUCUUCCUCCAGACCACCCACCUCCUUCUCCUCCUCUACCUCUUCCGUACUCAAGUGUAGGUUCACCGAGACGUUCUCCUGUUAUAUACUCUAUGUGGCUGAUUCCAAUGUAGCAAUACUAUCAUUGGAAAAUGAAGAACACAAAUAGCUAACAUUCAGCUAAACAAAUUAGAUUUUGAAUCGUGGAAUGUGAGAGGGAUACAUAAUCCAAUGAAGCAGGAAAAUAUGUACAGACAGAUUAAGUUGCUUAAUAUACUACAACUAUUUCACAUACGGUGAUGUCUGAAAUUAUUGAUAUCCUUGAUAAAGAUGAGCAAAAAUGACUAUAAAAUAAAUAAUUGAAAUAUUGAGCUAUAUUGUAUGCUCCAAAAACUUCUGAAAUUAUAUUAUUGUACACUAAAACAUACAGUAGGUAUGGGGUUCUUUUCUGCUAAUGUAUUCUCAUUAAGGCGCCAAACUGUCCAAUUGUGUGUGUGUAGCCAAAUAAUUUUUUUGUGAUCUGACCAAAGCACCGGUUCCAAUCCAAGUGCCAAUUCCGUUUAGCAAACUCCAGGUGUUUACAUUUGUUGGAUGACAUUUAUUAACUUUUAUUUAAUCAGGAGAGCCCAAUUGAGACCAGGGUCUCAUUUUCAAUGGUGCCCUGAGACCAUAAAGUAAAAGAUAAAAAAAUAUAUAACAAGAUACAAUAACAAGUACAUUACAUUAGAACAUCACUAACAUCACAGCGAUCAUAAACAAGUUAUUAAAUCAAUCAAAGCAAUUGCACACCUCGGUUAACUCAUUUAUCAUCAGGGGUUUAAAAUGCCCUAGUGGCACCAGGGAAUCCAAAUGUAAAGAAUUUUGUAAGUGAUUCCAAAAAGUGAGAGUGAAAACUAAAAGCGGAUUUACCUAAUUCCGUGGAGACCCGAGGAAUUUGAAGAGUUCACCAACCCUGUGAACGGGUUUGGUUUCUCACUCUUUUAUACAUUAGCAACGAAGAUAGGUAAGUUGGAAGCUUGUGUAGUAGGGCUUUGUAAACAAAAAGGGAGUACUGAAUUGAUCUACGGGACUUUAAUAAGGACCAGCCAACCUUUUGAUACAGGAUGGAGUGGUGAGUAUUAAAACUGUCACCAGUGAUAAAACGAAUGGUGUUAUUGUAGACGGCAUCCAAUGGUUUAAGAGUAGUGGCUGCCUCUAUCUGGUAAAUGGUGUCACUAUAAUCAAGAACUGGCAGGAAAGGCGACUGUACAAUCUGCUUCCUGAUAUAUGAAAAAAAUACAUUUUUUUAACAUUAAGUCUUUGUCAUUCCAGAUGCCCAGAUAUUUGUAGGCGGGAACCCGAUCAAUGGGAGAACCAUUCAAUUAAUAAAUAUGCAGUCCAUCUGAAACAUUCUUGCGAGAACUAGAGAACAACAUGUAUUGCUCUUUGGCCACACACACCAGUGGUAGGUUUGGCGUUGAAAUGAGAAUGCAUGGGAAGAAAAUAACUCCAUACCUACUGUAAAAAAUGGUGGUGGAUUUUUGAUGUUAUCAGGCUAUUUUGCUUCCACUGGUCCUGGAGCCCUUGUUAAGGUCAACAGCAUCAUGAACUUUACCAAGUACCAGGAUAUUUUAGCCCAAAACCUGAUUCGCUCUGCCAGGAGGCUGAAACUUGGCCGCAAGUGAAACGUCUAGGAUCAACAAUGGCUCAGCCACAAAGGGGUACAGUAGGCCACACAAGCUCACAGAACGGGACCGCCGAGUGCUGAAGCGAGUAGCACAUAAAAAUUGUCUGUCCUCGGUUGAAACACUCACUACCGACUUCCAAACUGCCUCUGGAAGCAACAUCAGCACACAAACUGUUAGUCGGGAGCUUCAUGAAAUGGGUUUCCAUGGCUGAGCAGCUGCACACAAGCCUAAGAUCACCAUGCGCAAUGCCAAGCAUCGGCUGGAGUGGUGUAAAGCUCGCUGCCAUUGGAGUCUGGAGCAGUGGAAACGCGUUCUCUAGUGAUGAAUCACGCUUCACCAUCUGGCAGUCCAACGGACGAAUCUGGAUGCCAGGAGAAUGCUACCUGCCCAAAUGCAUAGUGCCAACUGUAAAGUUUGGUGGAGGAGGAAUAAUGGUCUGUUUUUUUUUUGUGGUUCAGGCUAGGCCCCUUAGUUCCAGUGAAGGGAAAUCUUAAUGCUACAGCAUACAAUGACAUUCUAGAUGAUUCUGUGCUUACGACUUUGCUGCAGGGCCUUCUCCAAACUGUUGUCACAAUGUUCCAACAUCUAGUGGAAAGCCUUCCCAGAAGAGUGGAGGCAGUUAUAGCAGCAAAGGGGGGACCAACUCAAUAUUAAUCCCCAUGAUUUUGGAAUGAGAUGUUCAACAAGCAGGUGUCCACAUACUUUUGGUCAUGUAGUGUGUAUCCCACUGGUGGCUGAGUUGAAUAUUUUGUUAUUUAUAUAAUUUUAAUCGUUUAGAAGACACUCGUAUCCAGAGCAACUUACACAAGAAAUUAGGGUUAAGUGUCUUGCUCAAGAACACAUCGACAGAUUUUUCACAUAGUCUGUUUCAAACCAGCGACCUUUCGGUUACUGGCCCAACACUCUUAACCGCUAGGCUACCUGCCACCUUCAACUUUUAAAUGUCUUAACAAAGUCUUCCAAACUGGCAACGACUACAGGUAGUGAUGUUACGUUUGAUACCGGUGCGCCAAGGCAUGCAUCGAAAUUGCUGGGCAACUAACUUUGAAGCAGUGUGCCGAUGCGUGUAUAGCUUUAUCAGAAGUACGUCAUCAAUGAUGUCCGAAGCUUUUUAAAACCACGUGUUGUAAAAUGCAAGAUCCUACUGAUUUCGCUGUGGUUCUGGUGCUUUCUUUGUUUCCAAGCUGCUUAAAACACCGACCUCUACUGGACACCGUACUUACAAAUAUAGUUAGGAUUUUGCCUGUCUAGUAGCUUAGCACUUAGAGUAGGGAACUAUUGAACAUUCAAGGAUUUGAGGGUUUGAGGUCGAAUCCCAUUGAAGGUACAUUAUUUAGAAAAGUGUUUUAUGUGGUUAGGGUUAGGGUUGUUCAAAUAAUUUGUUUCAUUUAGUAUAAUUUACGCUUCUGUCUUAAGCAUCCUAAAUAAUGCCAUAGAUUCAGUUUUAGAAAAAGAGUCAACUUGAAGGCAAAAAGAGAAGCAUGAUGUAAGAUGCAAACCUGGUAUUCCAACUGAUUAUAGGCUACUAAAGCCAACAACUUACCACUGUGCCACAGAGUUCUGAUUAAAACAGUGGAGAAAAACAAUGUUUAUCUGGUAAUCACGCUGCUAUUUAUUGCUGACCAGCAGAUGUCACUAAAGUGCAUUGUUAACAAAUAAUGUGCUCAGAGUAAUGAACCACACAGUUUGGUGAAAACCUCGGUUUCCCAUUACUAACUACAGGGCAAAACAGACGAAAAGGACAUGGUAAAAUGUUCAACCAUUAAUAGUUUAAGACUUGCUACCACUCCAAUAUGUCCCCUAUACAUUUUACAUUGAUGGGGCACUACUACCACAUACCAGUUAAAUUGGUACAGCACUCUCACUAACGGGAGCAACAAAUAUAGCUACUUACAAGGCACACCUUAAAAAAAUUGAAUGAGCCAGAAACAACAAUACCAUGCACCCACUAGUGGUCAAUAGGUUUUUGGCGCUCCAAAAAUACGUUACGUUACUGUAUUCUGUGGGAUGGAAUUACAAUAUCAUUCGAAAUACAGCAAUUCUUUCCCCGCCCAUUAAUAUUUUCCAACCAUGCAGCAAAUUAUUUAUUGUUCAUCAUUUGUUACACAACAUAAUAAUGGCAUCCCCUUGUAUUUCCUGAUUAUGUUCCCAAAAAAAAAAAAAUUUAUAAGUAAAGGUUGGAUACAACUGUUAGUGCAGGUAGCGUACAGAAAUCAAGCAGCAUGGUGGAUGUAAGUCAUUAACUCAUCUCCAAAUUGAAUGCAGCGGGUUAAUAUUUGGAAUAGGAGAACCAUACAAGGUCCGAUACAUUGAUAUGUUGAUGAAAGGAUAGAAUGAUAGGAGGAGCCUAGGGUACGACCCGAUGAUAACAUCAGUUCCGUGAUAAUGAAAGGGAAUCGUGGAGGGGAGUUUUGUAUCAAAUAAAUCAGGUAAAAUAAACACACAUUAAGGUAGUAAUAAAUACAUUUAUAUCCUCUCUGUCUGUUUUUAUGUCUCAGCAGUGAAGACGGACCAGCUCCAGACCAUCAAACUAGAGCUGACUCAGAUCAAGAUGAAAAUCGACUCUCUGUUGGGUCGCCUGGAGAAGAUCGAGAAGCAGCAGAGAGCCGAGUCCGGUAAGCAAGAAAGAGGGGGAGAGAGAGGGGGGGGGGGGAAGAGAGGGGGAGAGUGAGAGAGAGCGAGAGAGGGAAAGGGUGUCAGAAUGAGAGAGAGAGAGAGAGAGAGAGAGAGAGUGAGAGAGAGAGGGAAAAGGUGAGAGCGCAAGAGAGAGAUUAUGAGGGGGGAACCUGCCAGCAAAAAACACCAAACGCUGGGGGAAGGAAAUUAAGAGUGCACACUAGCCAUCCGUCUUGCUGACAGAAUGGGAAGAUAAGAAGCCCUAGCUCUCUGUCAUAACAGCAGACAUGUGUCAACACUGGGCUAAUUCAGUUCAUAUGAGGGGCCUUUAUAGUUUGUCCUUGACUAGAGGAGAGUCUCACAGCAGGGGUGAAGUAGUUGGUGAAGUUCAACUUUUAAAGCUUAUUCAGAUGCUAGACACAGUGAAGAAUUCACCAAUACUGAUUAGUAUGAUCCUCUAAUAGUAUGAAUCUCAAUUGCAAGUCUCUCCUUUUCCUUGCUACUUUUUGUCACCAGUUGUUACUUUGGUCUCACUUCUUUGUCCUAUUCUCAUAUUUUUUUCACUCUGUCUCUUCUUUUCACUUUUUCUCCAGAGGCUCCGAGAAAGUACGAGGACAACUGUGAUUCUCCCCACGAGAAGUCUGUGUCGGAGAAAGCCGAGACCUCCGGAGAGGAGACUGGCGAUGGGGCGCUGGAUGUCGAGGCCGGGGAGAUGACCGAUAGGGGCGAGGACGACUACGACGAAGACAACAGCUACAAUUUGGUAGGGAAAAUGAGUGAUUAAGGGCAGCCUGGAAAGGGGGACAAGGGAGACAGUGGUUUGGGAUGGGAGAUUUCAAUUGGGCACACCAGUCUUGCCCUUAAGAAAGUUAAUUCUGCCGAAUUAUUCAUGGGUCCAGAUCUGAGUGUGAGGUUGCUCAUGGGUGAAUGGUGAGGGCACCUCAACUGACAGUUUCUCUCUGGUGGCUUUGGCUCAAGUGGAGGCGGUGGCAGGUCUCUGUUCACAUACGCACAAAUGCACGUGCACACGCACACAUACAUACCAUACACACACACACACACCUGCUGUCACGGGUUGUAAUUUAAACAGGGGGACUUGGAAGCCUGUCUUAACCAGUCCGAAUAUGAAAAUUAAGAUGGAUUUGCUACUGAGGGCACUGAAAGUGUUCUUCAAAGUCACGGUCUUUAUACUCUAAAAAGAGAUAGACUUAGGGAAAAGUGGAACUCUUUGACAACUUCUGGAGUGGCUGAGAUGACACCUUUUAUCAAUUAGUGAUCACUUCAGAUCACAACAACUUUGAACUCCUUUAUUGAUAUAUCUGACAUUAAUUUCCACAAAUAGUAUGCUAUAUAUCUUCCCUGUUGUGUCACUAGAGUCUGGCUCCUCACAGAGUACACAGUUCAAGCAGGAAGAUCAAAGGAAUUACAGUGAGGGGAAAAAAGUAUUUGAUCCCCUGCUGAUUUUGUAUGUUUGCCCACUGACAAAGAAAUGAUCAGUCUAUAAUUUUAAUGGUAGGUUUAUUUGAACAGUGAGAGACAGAAUAACAACAAAAAACUCCAUAAUAACGCAUGUCAAAAAUGUUAUAAAUUGAUUUACAUUUUAAUUAGGGAAAUAAGUAUUUGACCCCCUCUCAAUCAGAAAGAGUUCUGGCUCCCAGGUGUCUUUUAUACAGGUAACGAGCUGAGAUUAGGAGCACAACCUUAAAGGGAGUGCUCCUAAUCUCAGCUUGUUACCUGUAUAAAAGACACCUGUCCACAGAAGCAAUCAAUCAUUCAGAUUCCAAACUCUCCACCAUGGCCAAGACCAAAGAGCUCUCCAAGGAUGUCAGGGACAAGAUUGUAGACCUACACAAGGCUGGAAUGGGCUACAAGACCAUCGCCAAGCAGCUUGGUGAGAAGGUGACAACAGUUGGUGUGAUUAUUCGCAAAUGGAAGAAACACAAAAUAACUGUCAAUCUCCCUCGGCCUGGGGCUCCAUGCAAGUUCUCACCUCGUGGAGUUGCAAUGAUCAUGUGAACGGUGAGGAAUCAGCCCAGAACUACACGGGAGGAUCUUUUCAAUGAAGAAAACAAUUGGUAACACACUACGCCGUGAAGGACUGAAAUCCUGCAGCACCCGCAAGGUCCCCCUGCUCAAGAAAGCACAUAUACAGGCCCGUCUGAAGUUUGCCAAUGAACAUCUGAAUGAUUCAGAGGAGAACUGGGUGAAAGUGUUGUGGUCAGAUGAGACCAAAAUCAAGCUCUUUGGCAUCAACUCAACUCGCAUUGUUUGGAGGAGGAGGAAUGCUGCCUAUAACCCCAAGAACACCAUCCCCACCGUCAAACAUGGAGGUGGAAACAUUAUGCUUUGGGGGUGUAUUUCUGCUAAGGGGACAGGACAACUUCACCGCAUCAAAGGGACGAUGGACGGGGCCAUGUACCAUCAAAUCUUGGGUGAGAACCUCCUUCCCUCAGCCAGGGCAUUGAAAAUGGGUUGUGGAUGGGUAUUCCAGCAUGACAAUGACCCAAAAACACACGGCCAAGGCAACAAAGGAGUGGCUCAAGAAGAAGCACAUUAAGGUCCUGGAGUGGCUUAGCCAGUCUCCAGACCUUAAUCCCAUAGAAAAUCUGUGGAGGGAGCUGAAGGUUCGAGUUGCCAAACAUCAGCCUCGAAACCUUAAUGACUUGGAGAAGAUCUGCAAAGAGGAGUGGGACAAAAUCCCUCCUGAGAUGUGUGCAAACCUGGUGGCCAGCUACAAGAAACGUCUGACCUCUGUGAUUGCCAACAAGGGUUUUGCCACCAAGUACUACGUCAUGUUUUGCAGAGGGGUCAAAUACUUAUUUCCCUCAUUAAAAUGCAAAUCAAUUUAUAACAUUUUUGACAUGUGUUUUUCUGGAUUUUUUGGUUGUUAUUCUGUCUCUCACUGUUCAAAUAAACCUACCAUUAAAAUUAUAGACUGAUCAUGUCUUUGUCAGUGGGCAAAUGUACAAAAUCAGCAGGGGAUCAAAUACUUUUUUCCCCUCACCGUAUCUGUGGGGUUCAUCUAUGGUUCAACGCAACCAUGCUUUCCCUAUUAUGGGAUGUUUAUGCCACAUUAUAAAAGGGAGCGGGUGCAUGCCAUCCAAGAUCUAUGCCUUGUCUUCUCACUAAUAGAAUAUAUUAUUUUUCCCAGUGAGUGUGUGGGAGAUUUAUUUGUUUCUGCAUUCAAGGUCAUAUUGAUCAGAGAUAGUGGUAAUGUACACUGACUGGCAGAACUUCUAUCCAACAACUUGAAAAGCCCUGAAUUGAGCUCUGAUUUAAGCGGGAUUUGUUUUAUAGCUGAUUACAUUAGAACUGCCCAGAUUGGUUUUUAAACACAAAUAAAUACUAAUACAUUUUGUGUCCUUUCUUUUCAGAUAGAGAACCAUGUUUCUGACAUUGACAAC